ACGUUAGCCGCCUAUAAACGUUAUUCGCGCGUUUCCAAGAUGGCCGCCCAUGUGAAAAUUGUAGCGGCGUUUUCUUCAGAAUUUUCAUCGUUGUUGCAAGAGUUUCAAGAUUUCUUAAGGAUAUAGAAUGUUGAGAGAUGAUGUCCGGUGAGACUGUGUGGUGUGAGGAGUGUCAGGCCAGAGGCAAGAGGAGACAGCUGGUGCUGUACCAGUGGAGCUCGGAUGAGGCCUGCUACAUGUGCCAAGAUGACGACUGCACGUUCCCGAUGGGUUGUACAGACAUGUUCAAGUACACCAUUGUACGCAACAGUGAGGAUCUCGUCACCCAGCGCCGCAAGAAGCGCAAGUCCUCCCUACCUCCCGUAACACGAACCAACCACAUUGCUGCUCCAACUCCCCCGAUAAUCUGUGACGUCUCACCCCCCUCGCUUUCCAAUGGAACAUUCCAGGCGUGGAAGAAACCAUUGCCUAUCAAGCAGGGGGAGGGUAACAAAUCAAACAGUGCUGCAUUGAGUGAGAAGUCUAAUAGUGGCAUUUCUUUAGAUGCAUUGUUGAAUAGAUCAGCAACUCCUAAGUUUGCGCCAUUUCAGCAAGACAAGACAACGACAGCAGUAACAAAUGAUGUAGUGAAGUUGCCAUUAUCACCAACGGACAGUACAGAUAUCUUUCCUCAGGGACUUGCAAACAAUGACUUUUUGUCAAUGUUCUCUGAAAGUGGCAAUGCACUGGUGGGCACUUCGUGCAGCCCUUCCGACUGGGACUUGGAUUUGGACGACAUCUUUCCACUUGGAGAAGAUACAGUUCCUUUCAGCCAGGGUACGGCCACACUGCCAUCUGUGCUUAGCAAUAGUCUCACAGCAGAAGCUACAGGUACAACACUACUUAAACAGCCUGAGAAUAUAGUACCGCAUUUGUUAACAGAUUCAGGGGAAGACCAUGGAGUGAAGCUAGCACGAGAUUCAGUGCUAGAAGAUUCAAUCACAUGUCGGCCACAAGUUGCAGAGCUUGAAAAGGCAGCACCACAUCUGCUUACAGAUUCAGUGUUGAUUGAAGACAGUUCUGUAAAGCAGGCUCAGCAUUCAACACCGGCAGAUUCAAGCAAAUCGGAGCCAGAGAAUGUAGCACUGCAUUCGCUGACAGAUUCAGUAGAAGUCAGUUCUGUAAAGCAGGCUCAUCAUUCAGCAGCAUCAGAUUCAAGCACAUCUGAGCCAUCAGAGACAGAGGGCAUAGCACUGCGUUUGCAUACAGAUAGAGAGGAAGAUGAUGUUGUAAAGCAAUCUCAGCAUUCAGUGCCAGAUUCAAGCAAGUCUCAGGGAAAACCCACGGCUGCUAUCAGUGCAAUCAUAGAUGACAUUAGUUCUCCCAUAAUCCAAGAAGACAGUACAAUACAGUGGACAAAUGCUCACUCCCUAUGCUGGCUGGAUGCGGCAAUGUGUAUGUUGGUUCACAGUAGGACGCUACACGAUCGUCUCUCCCAGCUGAACGGAAACGGAGAAAGCACUGUGAAAACGCUUCAUCUCGCCUAUCAGCAAGCUCAGGAACUUCUCUCCAAUUAUCAGAAAGCUAGAAAGACACCGAGUGGAGAUAGAAGAUCUUCAGAAUCAAGAAAGUCUCCUAAAGCGUGCCCGACGUCAGACUCAGAAGAGAUGAUCUGCAUAGAGCGGGCUACGGAAAUACUUCACGGCGUGAGACAGAAGGUGUUUGAAUCCUUGCGCCCGACGUUGCGCUGCGAGCUGGGAAAGAACGAGAGCCCGGUGUUCGCCCUGCCGUUGAUGCUACGUGAGAACUCACUGAUCGAGGACUUGUUUAGGAUGGAGUAUGACUGGGAGUUCAGCUGUGACAAGUGUGGAUUCACCAAGACAGACAGGAUGACCAAGGUGCUGCCCACCUUCCCGAGUGUGACACCUGACUUCAGCCUGCUGCAGGCAUGCCACUUGCGCAGCUGUUUCAGCUGUGGAUCUCCUGAGCAGAAGCGGAAGAUGGUCUUCAACAGACUGCCUCCCUUUGUGAUGCUGCACUUUGUGACUGGGCUGUCCCACAACAGUCUGGAGGAGUUGGACUGUACGUACCAGGACAGGCAGUACAGGGUGUCUGCUGUCAUCAGAUACAAGACUCACCCCGACCACUUUGUAGCCUACAUCAGGGACACGCAAGGUAACCGCUGGCUGAAGUGUGACGACCUGAGUCACCCCGUGUGUAGAUGGCAGCACUCCCCUCCCUCCAUCCCUCCCUCCCAGAUUCACAUUGUGGCCUGGGAACUGCAAUCAGACAACCUUCCUUCCGACAACCUCCUCCCUUCAACGUCCACAGAAAGCAGUACAAGCAGAAACAGCUUGCUGUCUGACUUGGGAAGUUCCAGCCUGAGAAGUGUGAGGCGAAACUCUACUUCCAGCGAGUGUUCUUCGCUAUCGUCUCUUCAAUAUAACAUCGACACGGUGGACUUAACCACGGAUGCAGACUUUCCCGGAAAUGUGAAGAAUGGUAGCGAAAGUUCAUCAAGGGAAACUGCUACAAGUGUGGGUUCGGAGAAUGCUGUUAAAAGACUACUAGGAAUGGAUAUACAGAAGGGUGUAGUAGGUAGUACUAGCCCAACUGAAUUGUCACAAGCAAUACCGCAAACUGUUCAAGCUAACAUGAAGCAGUCAGUGCAGUUCAGAGUAGCCACAGCAAGGGUGCAGCCAAACACCGCAAAGACUAACGUAGCUCGCAACCUCUUCACAGAGAAGCCCCCCUCCCCGCCGAGAAUGUGCCUUGCCCCCCUCCCCAUGGGUAAAGCGUUGAGUCCCAGGUCACAGUCAUCCCAGGAUACAAAGCUAGAACAUGUAUCCUCACAGCCAAACUUGUCCAAGGCAGCUCCGAUUCUGAGAAGUCCUAACUCAGCGUUCACAGUUUACAAUGGAUGUGGUCCAAAGAAAAGUGCCCCAACCUUAGUCAUGCCAACAGUUGAUUCUUGUGAAAGGAAGAAUGAAAGCACGUUGAAAAAUCCAGAGAAGAAAACCACUUUCACAGCUGAUGCAUAUGCCAGACAGAUUGCAUCCAGGUCAAAGGUGAAAGAGGGAAGGUCAAAGGUCAGCAAGCCCAACACCAUCAGGCAUCUGACCCAGACUGCAUCAUGGGAGAUUCCCGAGAUAGUCAACCCUUCCAUUCUCAACAGAUUUCUAAGAAAGCCAACUGUAGUAGCAGCACAGCAGACUUACUCUAUAGUGAGUAGAGAUGUAGGUAAUAGUGCUGUGCCCGCCGUUGCAACUGACUCUACUAGCCAAGGAAGAAAGAGGGCACUAAGCACUGGUACAGGCCCAAACAAGAGAACCAAAGUUUCCGCCCUACGAAAUUCAACAAGCACGGCUCCCUCAUCUCCAGCACUAUCAACACUCAGCCAGAAGUCCUACCUUCAGACUGACAAACAGAAAACGUUAGCCGUCAACUCUUCUACGUCCGUUUCCAAGCGAAAGAUCAGCGAGCUGCUAGGAAACAAGAAACAGUUUGCAGGCUACCAGCCCAGAGGAAUGACAGGCGGUAACACGAUCCCAGAGAAGAGAACGAAGUAUGUAGGACAGUUUGUUGUCUCAAAUGGUCAUCAAGCGCAGGCAAGAUUGCAAAGCAGCCAGAAAACAAAAGCCAUGAGUCCAGGUAUGCAGAGAAAGACAGCUAGAGUUGAUGCUGUAACAGCUAGCGCCAAUGCUACACAGGCAAAGAGGACUGAUCUUAGCCUAGCCAACCCGUUAGUACCGUGUUCCAAUGCGAGAAGCCCUUUGGAAGGAGAUAGAGAAGGAAACAAUGGUAUCUAUGACUACAAGCAGAAAGAUGCACAGAUGAGAACAACCGUACAGAAGGCUGUGCCAAAUAGAACUGUUGCUGAAGGUGCUGCGGCCUUGAAGACGGCCUGUUCCCAGUCUAAAGAGCAGCAGAGUCCGCAAACAAACAAGAAGCGUCUGAGCGAUACCAUGAGCGAGCUCUGUGAGAAACUCGGCCUUCCAACGAACAACGUCAAGAUGGACGCAACUGUUGAAGACAACUUCUUCGACUCCUUCUUUGAUGGAGACAAGUCAAUGGAAGAGUUUGAGCUCAGCCCCUCGAAAGAUCUCCUUUGCCUUGUCGCCGAUGACAACGUGAAUGACUCUGAGUUCUGUCAAAAGUUAUCAGCAAUCAGUGACCUACCAGCGGACACCAGCAAAGCUACUAGUCCAGUCAAGAUCUCGGACAGCAACCACAAUAGAGUCGCAAGACAUGUGAAAGUUUCCCCCGAUGCGAAGAACUCAAAUUCUGGAAAGGACUCUACGUCUGUGUCAGCUUUGGUGAACAAACUGUCGAGAACACUGCAAGGAAGUCCGGCCACUUUGCGAAGAAAGGGACAGUUCACAGUAGCGCAGCUGUUGAAGCAAAGAACAGUGCAAACAAACUAACUAAAUCCUUGUCACAAAUUGUGAAUGUAGCAAGGAGCUUGCCAUAGCAGCUUAGCAUGAUGAAGGAAGGACUAUUUUGUUGACAGAUAAAGAUGCAUACUGAAGGCUUUAAUUGUUGACUCGAAUUUAUGCUGGUGGAAAUAUUAGGUUCUUUUUGCAAUGUUUCUUUGUUUAUUGUCAUCACAGAAUGACUGCAGUAUCCUUGUCAUUAAGUAGACCAACUUUUGCCAGAAGCAUUUCAUUUUAUUGACUCUAUUUCAUCUUUAAAAGUUAUAUCUAUAUGAAGACAAAUACAUUGAAAACAAUUUGAUGGCUAUUUUGCUUUUAGUUUUAUCUUUCAAUUGUACUAGUCACUUUUUGUCAAGAAAAGUUAUUUUGAAAACUUUUAAGACUUUUACCAUACAUGUACUUACCGUCCCAAGGAUUGACCCACAAAAGCAUUUUUGUUGCAGAGUGAAGUCAUUUGUGGCUUCAUUGCCAUCCUUCUUAAAUGUUAUUGUUCAAGUUUUGCUAACCAUUCAAGUUCUAGUUAAUGUUAUAUAUUAUCUAACGCAGCAUGGAAUAGUCAUGACAUACAACAACAUAUACCAGUAACAGUCCAUGGGUUUGGGUCUUCCUUCAGUCCAUCAUUUUCAAAUGGCAGUUAUGAUGAAUAGAUCUUCCCAAUCUGUGAAGGCCUCACAAUUUUACCACCCUGCUGCUUUAUAUAUUUGUACCAGGAUCAAAACUUUAUAUUUGUAUUAAAUUAUGCAGUUUUGCAUGU